AUGGCCAGCCCAACGAAUGAGGCCUCUGCGCCACCUGCAGUGUCAAAGCCUAGUAAAUCAGGUCCUGUUGCAUCGUGGUCAAACCAAGUCAUAAACAACCCAAGCGGGAUCAAAUGUAAGGACAAACGCAAACAGAUAUACGCCAAGUAUAAGAAAGCCAAGAAAGAGAACAAAAAGCGAAGGCGAGAGGAGACGAAAAAGGCUGAGGAAGAUAUUCCCGAAGAUGAACGGCCAGUCAAAGUGCAGAAAACAAUCGAGAAUAUGCGUGUAGCUGACGAGACUAUUGUCGAGGCAGACGAUGAGGAGGUGAUAAAUGAUGCGGAGACUGAUGAGCUGUCGGCAUAUUUUAAGGGACAACAGCCGAAGAUUAUGGUGACUACUAGCAGAAAGGCUAUAGGGGCGGGAACUACGUAUAAGUUUGCGGAGGAAUUAAUUAAUCUUAUGCCCGAUGCGGAGUUCAUACAGAGACGGAAUUACGACAUCAAAGAGAUCACUCAGGUAUGA